UUGCCAGAUGUUUAAAUGCCUGUCUGUCUGUCUGUGGACAGAUUUUGUCAACACAAUAGCGUCACGACUGUACAAGAUGCAGUCACAAAACUUUACAGCGAGUCUCUCUUCAGUCUAGGACAAAGUCUUGAUCUGUUCACCAAAAGAGGAAAUCCCGUCCUUUCAUCGCAGCUCCGAAUCUCUGCUGUGUUUUGGAUCAUGGGAGGUUAUUAUGGGCUGGCGGUUCUGGUGGGCGUGGCCUCGCUUCUGACGACCGGCCAAUGUGAUGUGAGCUGUAGUGGAACAGAUGGCCAUCCGGGACAGGCAGGAGCUCCGGGCAGAAAUGGAUGGCCUGGAGCAAAGGGAGAGAAAGGAGAACCAGCUGCGAGGGCCGAAGGUCCGGUGGAUGCAGGCGUCCUGCUGAUGCUGAAGGGGGAGAUUGGGAGUCGGGGCUUGCAGGCAAUGGGUCCUAAAGGUUACCGUGGAGAUCUGGGACCAGCAGGUCGCCCUGGAAACCCUGGUCGCCCCGGCGCCGAUGGGAAGAGCAUCGGCCAUGGACAACACGCCCUUCAGCAGGCCCAUUCAGCCUUCUCAGCGAUCAGGACUGAUCUCAGUUAUCCUCGCUACAACCAGCCAGUAACCUACCAGAAUACUGUGGUCAACAAACCUGGAGACUUUAACGCAGCCACGGGUCACUUCACCUGCAGAGUACCUGGUGUUUAUUACUUCACCUUCCACUCUGUGGCCAAGGUCAGCAUGUGUCUGUAUAUAGCCACUGAUGCUCCAUUCAACAAGCUGGGAUUCUGUGAUUACAACAGGAACGCUGAUCAGGUGCUGUCAGGUGGCGUGGUCUUACAGCUGGCAGCUCGACAGAAGGUUUGGCUCGAGUCCUUUAGAGACCAGCAGACCGACACUGAUGCACGAGACACCCGAGAAAAACAGAUCAUCUUCAGUGGCUUCCUGCUCUUCUGAAAUUCUGAAUAAAGUUCAGUCAUACACCCAAUAAUUUCACUACAGCAUGGAGUCAGUGCUGAAAACCUGAGACUGCACCCCUUUAUGAAUUUAACAUCUAAAAAUCUCUGAUUUCAGUUCACAUUUUUCAAAAGCUGAGGGGCAUUUUACCAUAACACAGUAUCACAGUUCAGUAAUAUUUGUGAAACGUUUGCAUGUGAACCCACAGGUAAAUUUGUUCACCUGAUCAUUUGCUUCAUAUUGACUCAUGUAAACCUUCUUUGAAUGUUGACUUUGUCUGUGAAUGUUAAACUAAAACAAAAUUAAAGUUCAUUACAGAGUGUG